AUGGCGGUCUUCAAUAACCCGACGAAAGAAAUGGCACUGGGGUUUUCUUUGCAUAUUCGAGCUGAAGAAGCGAUAGGAAAGUUCCAACAAGAAAUCGAAGAUGACUUUAAGUAUCUUUAUGAGAUUCUAUCGGAAGCCAAGCAGUCCUUUGGACGGUAAGAUUUUCUCUAGAGUUUCUCUUUUUGAAAUCAUUAGACUUUGCGUAUCUGUUUUUUUGUUUAUGACGUGCUUCUGUUCUGUGAUCUUAGGAGAGACAGUUACAUUCUUCUUCCAAAGACGCCAUCCAUGAAAAGAAAGCGACAGGAGAGUGAUGAGGAGCAUAGAAGCGAUGAUGCUUCAUCGAGAAUGGCAAGGGAAGCAAAAACUCACAAGACUCAAGGAUACGCCUCGCCACUGAAGGUAAUCAAUGAAAACGAACUGCUGGACUGCAGUGCAGUGAACACGGAAUGUAAUCAUAAUGAUACAAAACGAACGACGAGAGCGACUAGGGCUAAUUCACGAGCAGCACGACAACAACCAAAGAGAGGAUCUGGAAAGAAGAAUCUCUCAGAUAUAGGAAAUGCAUCAAAAGAGCAAACUCCAGGUUCAUCUUUCAUCGACGAACAGCCGAGACGAACCACUAGAAAUCCUAAGAAGACGAAUUUAGAAUUAACCAGAGUAACAGAGGAAAAAUCGAUUCGCUCAUCAUCAAGUAAUGAAGUCAAAGACUUGCCCAGAAGAACCACCAGAAGUUCAAGACGGAAAGAGGUGGAAGAAAAUUCUGAUGCGUCGCUAUCAGAAAAAAUACCAAGGAAACCUGUAGCAGAGAUAACUAAAUCAAGUACAGAUCUCAUCUCAAAGGAUUCUGGUGAUAUCACACCCUUGUUAAUUGUUAAACAAGAAGUUGUAUCAACUUGUAAGAAAUCACAAGCGGGGCAAAUCAGAGUAAACACAGAAAAGAACGACAAAUUGACAGAUAGUGUAGCAAAAACAGAGCCUGAUCUUGUUUCAGAAACCCUGCAAUCCUCUCCUAUUAAAGCCAAGACACCAACUACAUCUCCCAAGAUCUGCAAAACAUCCAUCAAUGUAGUCCUACAAUCACCAGCAUUGGGCACUCCAAAUGGUGAUGAGGUGAUACCGAUAAUGUCAUCAAGUCUCUGUCAUGAGAAAAGUCCAAAUUCUUGUGCUUCAAAAGAACUUGGGUUGCAGAAUGUUACGUUGGAGGAAAAUCAAGUUCUUGAUGAGGAACCUCUGGUCAAUAAUAGUGAAACACAUGAACAAUCACCCACCAAAGCACAUGUUUCAUGCCAAGAGUUUAUUGAAACCUCUACUGCUAAAAAUAAAGAUGAUGUGGUAACUGGAGUGGGAAGUUUAUCAAAUGACGAAAACAAUCCUGUCUCUGAGAAUGCAAAAGUUGAUUUAUCUAAAGAAGUUGUCCCUAAGAAAACUACACUUGAACCCAAUCCUGUAGAAAAAUCUUUGGAGAGGAGUAGAGGAAGAAGCAGUGGAUGGCGUAGAAAGAGCAAAAGAUUGAGCAACAACAGAUCUCCUUCAAAUAGAAGACUUUCCAUGAAACAGAAAGUAGCCAAAUCAAAAGUUCCUGGAAAGAAGAGCCUGGUCAAAAGUUCAGUGAAACUGAAGUUGACACAUUCAAAGCUCAUGCCAGAAUUGAAGAUACACAGUGCUGAAAAGCAAACCAAUGGUGAAAAUAUAGAAUCUAACCUAGAAGAUGUCAAAGUGCGUCUGUUUGAUAAUUCAACAAGUGAAAACAGUAGUCAAAGUGCAAGCUCUGCCACUAACAGUAGCUAUAGCAGCUCCGAGGACAAAGCUGAAGUUCUGGUGGAGAAGAUUGAACAGGAAUUCAUAGAGGAUGAAUUGGAGGUGUUUCAUGACUGUAGAGGAUCUGAAAAUGAAGACAUUGUUGAGGCAGAUGAUGAGAAAUACACUGAAACAAAAAGGUUUGUACCUUUAUUAACAUUUUCCAUGUUAUGCCUACUUGUAAAACUAAACUACUGACUACUAAGCUAGUGCGAAGGGUUUGUUGUUAUUAUUAUUAUUAUUAUUAUUAUUAUUAAGAUUAUUAUUAUGACUUUUAUUAUAUUUUUGGAAAAUAGAGGUGUAAAAUUGAGGAUUAUUCUAGUAUCCCUGCUGUCAUGAGAUGUAUGAGUACAUGGCUGAAACCAGUUUUCCAAUAACAUGUAAAUGUUAAAAGAAUACUUUUUCUUUUUUACAGUAAGUCUUAUUAACGGGGGGCUCUGUUGUCAGACUUUUGAUUCAUACAUAUUUUAAUUGAAACUUUGCAGUGAACAUUCACCCACUCUGGAAAAUGCCAAUUCUUCCGUGAUCAUUGUGCAAGCAAGUGAUGGGAGCAGUGGUGAAGAAUCUGCACCCAACUCAAGGGAGAUGUUAGAAGAUCCAAUGACACCCCCUUCACAAGAGACUUUGAAUCCUUCACACAAGGUAAAAUCUACUCUUACUCUUAGAAUAAUAACUCAAUAAUAAUUCAAAUAUUUCUAUAAUGCUUUAUGUAUAGAAAUGAUCAGUAGUGCUUUAUAAUAAUUCACCUAUAAAACUAUUCAACAACAAUCAAAGUAUACCAUGUAAAAUGUAAAUGAGACUUGCAAUAAAUAAAACAAAUCAGAAUAAAUAAUACCCAAUAAAACCUAAAUAAAAUAUCUGGUCUAAGACAGUUAAAGAAAAACCCGACCAAAAAGGUAGGUCUUAAGAUUGCAUUUAAAAAUUAUCAAUGAUGGGAUAGCACUCAAUUCAGCAAACAAACUAUUCCACAAACAUGGUGCAGUGGCAUAAAGGAUCUAGCACCAAGCAUAGAAAGCCUUUUCUCUCUGGAUGGCUCUAGUAACAAGGUGCCAUCAGACCUAAGAUUGUAAGAGGACUUCUGCCUAACACUAAUAAAAUCACUAAUAUACAGUGACGCUAAUCCAUGAAUUGCCUUAAAAGCUAAGUCUAAUAUCUUAAAAUGAAUAUGAGCAUGUACUGGCAGCCAGUGAAGAUCAUAAAGUGCUGAUGUAACUUGUGAAUGCUUGUUCAUAGCAAGUUCAACUGCUUCACUCUGAAUACAUUGUAAUUUUAAGAUCUGUAAUUUAGAUAAUGAUACAAGAGACUGUUACAAUAGUCUAAGCAACUAGUAAUAAAUGCAUGAAUAAAUGUCAGUAAAGAAUCACAAGAUAAAUACCUCUUAAUACACCUAAUGUUAUGCAUAUGAUAAAAAAAAACCUCAAUUUUAAAACUGUAGUUGAUGGUGGGAUAAAACACAUUUUGCAUUAUGCUUCUUGAAAUUCCAAGGUUUCCUUGUUACUGGAAGGCAAAACAAUAUACAUAUGACUGAACAGUGUGCAUACAGUAAACAGUAAGGAAUUUGUCACAUGUUCAAUUGUACCAUAGCUUACAAUGCAAAAGCAAUGCAAAAAAAUCCCAACAUUCUUUUUUUUAUCUUGUUUCAGUCUAAACCAAAUAACAUAGCUGUGGUCCAUUCAUUUAUCAGAAGAAACACACCCAAGAAGGUUGAUCCAGAGGUAGGCAUCACAUAUUUGAUUUUCCAGUACCAUUCACCUUCAGAGUAUUUAAUACAACACCCCACAAAAAUGGUUUUUAUUAAGUAAUCCUCUGUAACCUAACCUGAGUCUCUAUAUUCUCCAUUUUGUUCUUUAUACAUUUUCUAAGGUGCUGACAAGGAGAAUUUGUUUACCUAUCAAGAUCUUCUCCAGUCAGUAGUCAUUUACUUAAUUGUCGUGACCCUAAUGUUUGAUUCAGGGGUGAUAAUGAAAAGGAGAAAUUAGAUGCUGGUCACUAUAAGGGGUCAAAGGGUUGUAUCACGUAAUGCAUGAAGAAAAUCAUUAUGAGCUAAAUCCAUUGGAAUUAAAAGCUUGGUGUACAGGGUGCUCCAUAGAGUGUUCAACCUGAACAUCACAAAAUUCCCAGCUGUUGCACAGAAUUCUCUCCCCAGUUUUGUUGGCAUGAAUUAGUUUUGAUGAUGAUGAUGAUGAUGAUUAUUAUUAAUAUUAUAUUAUUAUUAUUAUUAUUGUCUUAUUAUUCUUAAUCAAGCAUGGAGAAUAUCCUCCUUUUACACUUUACACUUUUCUCUUGCUACAUGUACUAUAAUUUCUUUAUGAAAACCCUUUGUCAUAUUGAUAAAUUACAGUGUACAUGCAGGUCAAAAUUUACAGUUUUCUCAGAUAAGGUGCUGAAUAAGAUUGGCAGAUUUUUAAUUUAGUAAUAAGCACCCUCGUUUCAAUAAAUGCCCCUAUCAAAGCUUUGUUUUGCACGUUUUGCUGUUUCUCAUAAAAGAAAUAAGUGCCCUGUCCCUACCAAGAGCCCCGUUUUGAAUAUGUGAGCUCUGUAGAGGCAGUGUAAGAAAAUAAGCGCUAAGGCGCUAAAUCAAAUAAUUCUGUUUACUAUGAGGAAAUUUUCUCGAGUCAGUAUUACAAAUUGGUAUCAAUGUAGUGAUAGGUACAUGUAGUAAGCACAUUAGGGUGGAGCUUAUUUUAACCAUAUUGACAUGGUGAAUUGGUGAUCAUUUAUCGGGAUGUUUUUGAUUGCAGGAAAAAAAGAAACAGCUACGCAAUGCAUUAAAAGAAAAAGAGGAAAAAGAGAAAGAAAGGCGAGAACAACUUGAGAUUCAAAGGCAGAGAGAAAUCGAGGAACGAAAAAGGUAAAAUAUGUAAUAUCAAGGCUAGAAACAAACUGAACCAGGUCUUCGAGGAAAUCAAGUUUCCUUAUCAGUUAAGUAACUUCUCUCGUGCACUUACCUAAGUUUCGGACAAGCCACUUUUUUAUCUGGCAUUUAAGAACAUACUGGAUUUCAAUUUUUGUACCCCUGAAUCAUACGGUCACUUACACAGGUUUAUACAGGUUUAACCUGUUAUGCAUAUAGGAUGGCGGAAAAUGGAAUAAGACUUUUUUAAUGGUCUGUUUUUUAAUAAAUAGUUUUAUUUGGUAUUAGAGAUAGUAUAAGCAGGGGUACAAAUAUAAAGUGUUUUUAAACGUUGAACCUACAUAGUUUUUAUCUGCAUGUUCACUUGAAUGCCUCUCUAAGGUAGUGUUUCCUUCGCAAGCCAUCACUUAGCUACUUUGAUAUUUACCCUAUCCGUCCAUUUUUCUUCUCGUUUUAGGAAAAGAGAAGAAAGAGCAAAAAAAGCCGCAGAACAGCGAGUGGCCAAACUUCAGGCGUUGGAAGAAAAGAAACGUCAGGCUCAAGAUCAACGGCAGAUCCUGAUGGAAAAAGCCAAGAAGCUUAAGGAAAAGGAGGACGAGGACAAGAAGAAACAGCGAAUACAAAAAAGAGCUGAGAUAGAAGGUAGAAAAAAACAAGAAGAGGCUGCUAGACUGCAGAAAAUAAAGGAACAGGAAGAAGAGGAGAAACGACAACGUGAGAUGCUUCAGAAAAGACAAGAGUUAGAAGAGCAGGAGAGGCAACGAAGGAUCAUUGAAGCCAAACGCCACCAAGAACACAGGGAAAAGGAGCUGGAGAGAGAGCGAGAGUUAGAGAAACAAAAGAAGCUAAAGGCUAUCGAAGAGAAAGAGAAACGGCUUCGCGAAAAAGAAGAAAAAGAAAGAAAAACACGAGAGGAGAAACUGAGGAUUGAGCGCGAGAAAAAAGCACAAGAAGAUAAAGAGAAGGAGGAGAGGGAGAGGGCGAGAAUUGCACAGCUUAUCCGCGAGAAAGAAGAACACACGCGACGAGAAAGAGAACAGCGCGCCAAGGAAGAGAAAGAGCGCCAGGAGAGAGAGAAGAAGUUGAAGGAAGAACGAGAAGCAGCCUUACGCGAGAAGAAACGCCAGGAGCAGAUCGAAAGAGAAAGAACGCGUGUCCUCGAGGAACGUAAACUCGCGGAAGAAAAUAAAAAAUUGAAUUCCAGCACGACUUGCAACUCUUACGAGAUGACCCCGCCUCCAGUGAAGGUGCGAAAACCGGCUUCAUCAGAGAACUACAAUAUUGCUGACCUACAGAGCGAUGAGUCAACUGACGAUGAAGACAACCCCAGGAAGAGGAUACCGUCAUGGGCGCGACCACCCGCUCUGAAAGCCGCCAUUUUUCACCAGGAGUAUUCUAACAUAGAUGUUAACAGUAUCUUCGACGAUGUUCCUAAGCCGAAUUUAGAAGAUAUUUUCAAGCACGCCACAAAGAAGAAACGGUUUAACCAACGUACAAGUUCGGCAAUGUGGGAUUCACCCCCGCUGAGACAAGCCAAGAAAGGUACAUACGUGUAGGAGCAAGAAAGCAGUUACCAGAUUAAUGGACUUAUUGACUCUUUCUUUUGAGAUGUUGUGUUCACCUGGUUUUUAACUUUACGAGAUGUAUUCUGCUAUCACAACUGAAAUAUCAGCUUACGACUGCUUAUAGUAUAAUUAUUGCAGCCACUGCUCAUAGAUUUGAUUUAAUUCUCGCAGAAUUAAUUUAAUACUCUCAGUUUCAGCCAAAGGUGCCAAUACGUACACGUGGUAUUCACUAGUUUUGCAUAGACUCAGAUGUACAUUUACACACCCACUAGAGUAGACAGUGUCUGUUACAUUAUUUCGGAUCACAAGAGGCCGACCCGUUUGGUCUUGAUCACGUUGUUGAAUAUUCAAUGCAUUUGUUCCAAGUUUAAUUCUUACGAAAAGUUUUAUUGGUAGGUGCAUGGGAAUUAGUGUAAAUUUAGUUUGAAAAUGUGGAAUAAACCUGUCCUAAAAUAGAUGAGUACAUUUAGCGCUAGAAUAGUCUCUUGAUCAACAUCGAAGUUUUGUAGUCAUCCACACUUACAGUGUGGUCUCAAAUUUCUUCUCUCGCCAAUCUCUAAGUUCAAAUGUCAGUUUUUGGAUAGGCAGGGAGACUUAUCAACGACAAACACUAAAGAAAACUAGUAAGAGUAUGGGCAGACUAAGGAUUUCGUUCAUCGUUUAUAAUCUCUGACUAAGCAGUAAGUAGGUGUAAGCAAAGCUAGAGCUCGCCAACGUUCGGAAGAGACUUAGAGCUGUAAGCUAUUCAAGCCGUUGGGCUUUCCUUUCAAGCCUGUGGAUGCUUUAUCUAGGAGUUCCCGUUUUAGGUCCAGAAAAUAACGAUUGAGGGGCAAUUAUUUGUUUUCAUGAUGUGAUUUUAAAAGGGAAGAAUUAGAUUUAAUAUUGUAUAUAGUUGUUGUUAUUUUUUAUACUGAGCCACGUUUCGCAUCUGACAC